UCAAGCUCUCCUCUUCGGCUCAGCUUGGCAGAUCAGUGGGCGGUGUGAGUUAGAGAGAUGGCACUCAGGGUUCCUCUUUCCGGCGAGAUUUCCGGCGUCUCCUUCUUGGACUCCGCCAGAGGCACCUCCAGCGGUCGCAAACUCGCCGCCUUUAAUCUUCCUUCUCGACGAUCGGGAGCAGCUCGCUUCAAGGCAGCGAGCUGCUCGCUGCAGCAGGGGCCGCCUCCGGCGUGGGCCGGCCGGGCUGUAGUCGACCCGGCACGCAAGUCUUGGGAUGGCCCCAAGCCCAUCUCCGUCGUCGGAUCCACUGGCUCAAUCGGAACUCAGACGCUGGAUAUCGUCGCCGAAAACCCAGACAAGUUCAAGGUGGUGGCUCUCGCCGCCGGCUCCAACGUCGCGCUGCUCGCCGAUCAGAUCAAGACGUUCAAGCCUCUGUUAGUUUCCGUGAGGGACGAGUCACUGGUCGCCGAGCUCAAAGAAGCCCUCGCCGGCGCCGAACACAAACCGGAAAUCAUUCCCGGCGAGCAAGGCAUGGUGGAGGUGGCUCGCCAUCCCGACGCCGCCGCGGUGGUCACCGGAAUCGUAGGAUGCGCAGGCCUGAAGCCAACCGUCGCCGCCAUUGAAGCCGGGAAAGACAUCGCCUUGGCGAACAAAGAGACCCUCAUCGCCGGAGGCCCUUUCGUGCUACCUCUCGCGCACAAACACAAUGUCAAAAUUCUUCCUGCUGAUUCUGAACACUCUGCAAUAUUCCAGUGCAUUCAAGGCCUGCCGGAGGGCUCGCUCCGCCGCAUAAUUCUGACUGCAUCCGGAGGAGCCUUCAGGGAUUUGCCUGUGGAGAAGCUAAAAGAUGUGAAGGUUGCUGAUGCUCUGAAGCACCCCAACUGGAACAUGGGCAAAAAGAUCACUGUGGACUCUGCUACCCUCUUCAACAAGGGACUGGAAGUUAUAGAAGCACAUUACUUGUUUGGAGCAGACUACGACGACAUAGAGAUCGUAAUUCAUCCACAGUCCAUAAUCCACUCCAUGGUUGAGACACAGGAUUCAUCUGUGCUGGCUCAGCUGGGGUGGCCUGACAUGCGCUUGCCGAUCCUCUACACUCUGUCGUGGCCGGAAAGAAUCCACUGCUCGGAGAUCACAUGGCCCCGGCUUGAUCUCUGCAAGCAAGAAUCGCUGACCUUUAAGGCACCUGACCACGUCAAGUACCCUUCCAUGGAUCUUGCUUAUGCAGCAGGCCGCGCCGGUGGCACCAUGACCGGAGUCCUCAGCGCUGCCAAUGAGAAGGCCGUGGAGAUGUUCAUCGACGAGAAGAUCAACUAUUUGGACAUCUUCAAGGUGGUGGAGCUCACUUGCGACGCGCACCGGAAGGAGCUUGUUGUGAAGCCUUCCUUGGAGGAGAUCGUGCACUAUGAUCUGUGGGCUCGAGAGUACGCCGCCAAUUUGCAGCCCUCGUCUGAUUUGAGUACUCCUGUUACCGUUUGAGCUCUCACCUAGAGUAGCAGCCUUGAUGCCAUUCCAAGGGUUAAUGUUUUGUCACAAUAAUGUGUUGCAUUAUUUCAUCCCCUCAUCAUAAUAUAUGAAAUUUCGGUGGGACUAGACCGAUUGCCAAGUUCAA